AUGGCGUCUAUGCAGAAGAGGCGCGAGGAGCACGCGCAGUCCGCGGCGCGAAAGGCGGCCAACGAGCUGGCCGAGGCCAGGCGGGACCACCGCGAGGCGGCGCCCGUCAGUCCCCGCGGCGGCGGCGGCAUCCUGGGCAGCGUGCAGGAGAGCGCGCGCUCCAUCCUGGGCGCCGUCCGCGGCACCUUCUCCAGCGACCCCCGGGGCGACGACAGCGCCCCCGGCGGCGCCACGGCCACCGCAGGGAGCUACGACGAUGAGGGGAAGGGGAAAGCCGGGGGCAUGGCGGACGCCGCCACGUGGAAGACCGCGGAGGCGAAGGACUACGCGGUGGAGAAGAAGGAGGGUGCGCGGCAGGCGCUCGCGGGCGAUGCCUUGGGAAGGAAGGGCGAGACGGACGAGUCGGCGUGGCAGCAGGGCCAGGACGUGAUGCGCCGCGCCGCGGAGAAGGCCGAGGAGAUGCAGCGCGCGCGCGAGCCGUCCGAGGCGGAGAAGGGCCGGUCAGCGACGGAGAACAUCUACGGGAAGGCGAAGGGCGCGAUGGGGGCGUUCGGGGAGAAGAUGGUGAUGCCGGAGGACGUGGUGGAGAAGAAGCGGGCCGAGGCGGCCGGCGGAGGUGGCAGGGACCAGGCGGCGGCACCACCGCCGACGAUGGGGAGCAGGGGCGAGGAUGCCGCGGAGGACGUGAUGAUGCGAGUGAAGGCGGCGGACCAUAUGACGGGGCAGGCCUUCAACGACGUCGGCAUGAUGGGCGAGGAGGGCACCGGCAUGCCACGACGGCGCUAA